UCCGGCCAGGGCUCACUUCCGAGACAGACGCGGAAGUGCGGGAAGGUCCCGGGCCGAGGUCGGUUGCUGGACUUCUGGCGCCGCCGUCCGCCUUGCGAACGUUCUGGAAGGAUAGAUUCCUAAGAGGCCGGAUCCCGGCAGCCCAUACAAGACGAAACCGGCGCUUCUCCGCUUGGGAGCCGAUGCCGGCUGCGCCCCAAAGGCCCCGUAGCGGGGCCGGACCAUGAGCCUGCUGGGCGGCCCGGCCUCCUCGCCUCGGACCCCGCUGCAGUCCGGCAAGGCCAGGAUGAAAAAGCUCCCGAAGAAGAGCCAGAACGAGAAGUACCGGCUCAAGUACCUGCGGCUGCGCAAAGCGGCCAAAGCCACCGUGUUUGAAAAUGCUGCUAUUUGUGAUGAAAUUGCUCGUCUGGAGGAAAAAUUUCUUAAAGCGAAAGAAGAAAGACGGUAUUUGCUAAAGAAGCUCCUUCAGCUUCAGGCUCUAACUGAAGGGGAGGUACAGGCCGCAGCUCCUUCCCACGGCUCCAGUUUGCCCCUGACUUACGGUCUGGCCAGCUCUGUGGGAACUGUACAGGGAGCCGGGUCCAUUUCUGGGCCCAGCACUGGGGCUGAGGAGCCAUUUGGGAAGAAAUCCAAGAAGGAGAAAAAAGAAAAAGGCAAAGAGAACAACAAACUGGAAGUUCUGAAGAAAACAUCCAAGAAAAAGAAAAUGGAGGGAGGUGCUCGCAAGCUGGUUCAGCCCAUUGCCCUGGAUCCCUCAGGACGGCCUGUGUUCCCCAUCGGACUGGGGGGUCUAACAGUAUAUAGCCUGGGGGAGAUCAUCACCGACCGACCUGGCUUCCAUGACGAGAGCGCCAUCUAUCCCGUGGGCUACUGCAGUACGCGGACAUAUGCCAGCGUAAAGUGCCCAGAUCAGAAGUGUCUAUACACCUGCCAGAUCAAGGAUGGCGGCAUGCAGCCUCAGUUUGAAAUCGUUCCUGAAGAUGACCCCCAGAACGCCAUCGUCACCUCUUCUGCAGAUGCCUGUCAUGCAGGACUGCUCAAGGCCAUAAGUGCUGCUCUGGGGAAACUAAUGCCCAACCUGCUUCCUUCUGGAGCUGACUUUUUUGGGUUUUCUCAUCCGACUAUUCACAACCUGAUCCAGAGCUGUCCAGGAGCUCGAAAAUGCAUCAAAUACAUAUGGGGAGCAAUCUCUGGAAGUAAGAAUGGGCUGUUACGGCUCACAGACAUCCCCUAUGACAAUGCCCUUGGAUCCUGCAGUUACCAGUGGGUGAAAUUUGAGGUGUGGAAACCUGGAGACGGGCAGCCACCGCAAGGACUGCCAGACACUGAUGCAGCUAUAAGCUUCGAAGCCUUUCAGAAACAGGCCUUUGGUGAAGAUCACAGUGAUCCCAUCCUGCCAGGAUCCUUGGACCUUCCAGAGCUUCAGCCCACACCCUUCGUGUCUUCUUACCAACCCGUGUUCCUGACGCACGAACCCCUGGUGGACACUCUCCUACAGCGCCUGAAGCCUCUGUAACAGUGUAGCCCAACUCCAUCCUCAGACUGAGCGGGAGGGGAUCACAUACCAUGUCAUUUAACUAAAGUAAAAUUCCGAAUAUGGAAGAAGACCGCAUUUCAGGAGUGACGAGAUAGCACAUUUUGUCAUGGAGGCUCCUGUGGUGACAGUGUUCCCUGGGAAAAACUUCAGCUGCUUUAUUUUUAGCAAUAAAUUUCUCUUUACAAAUCUGCUUAUUUUCAUCUUGUUGUAAUCAGGAUUUUUUUUUUCACUUAGCUCUGCCUGAGGUAGAGUAAACUUAGUGUUCUGUGAGCCCGAGUGAGAAAAGGCUGCUGACUCAGGAGGGAGAGGUAGGAGUCUGACAGCCUUCAGCCUGGAUUCUGAGCCUAGCUCCAGGAACGACGUCCCGGCCCCUGCUACCCAAGCAGCUGCCUUAUUUUCAUGUCGGUAUGCUCACAGCCCAGUGCUGCUUGUCCCCAAGCUGGAGAGGCCAGGCCGAGGCCCGCCGUUCAUCUUUUUCUUCACACGCUACAUCCUUCAAGGGAAUCAAAAGGUCCUCAGUAAUCCUGUCUGCCCACUUUGCUGUUCUUUAUCCGAGAAUGUGCUUGUUGCUGAACGCAGAGUCCACAUGAUCACACAGAUACAUCGUAUCGGGGGGCAGCCCCCAUCCAUCCUCACGACAGGCUGACCCCGUCACUUCGCUAGCCGGCUAAUGACAUGACUGUAUUCCAUGCAUCCGAACGUGUCGGCCUUGCUUACGGGGCUGAGGGGGAGGUUUCAACCCUCCUCACCGGACCUGGACCACAGUGGAACCGUGCGCCCCACCAGGUUCCCCGGGCCGGCUGGAAGGAAGUCAUGGAAGGACCCCAGAAGGGGCAGAACGGGGAAGGAGUGGUGACAGGUGUCCCUGUGCUGCAGUUCCUAGCUGCUGACUGGGGACAAGAAGAAGGGGGAUCUUGUUUCCCAGGAGUAGAUGGGUCGGACAGCCGCUUUGAGAGCAAAGCACACUGGCCACGGAACUCAGAAACUAGAGUAACCUCUGUUAACUCUAUGACUCUUCCCUAUAGUCCUUUUAUAAGUUUGUAUAGUUUUUACAGUGUAAAAAGAUAAAAUUUGGGUAACAACAAACCAGAGGUAUAAAGGGGAGACUCAAAGCUGUUAAUGCUUUCAUGUUUUCCUUCUGUCGCUGCCUGAGUUGGCUGGACAUGUACACUUCCACAGAAAUGACAGCUGCUGCUUUUACAUAGAGCAAAUAUCUUCUCCUUGUAGUGCUGUUGUAGUAAAACACAUAAAAGCGAGCCUCGCUUUUUUUCUUUUUUUUUUUUUAAGAUUUUAUUUAUUUAUUUGACAGAGACCACAAGUAGGCAGAGAGGCAGGCGGGGGUGCUGGGGAAGCCGACUCCCUGCUGAGCAGAGAGCCCAAUGCGGGGCUCCAUCCCAGGACCCAGGAGCUGAGCCGAAGGCAGAGGCUUAACCCACUGAGCCACAAGGGCACCCCCUCAAAAGCAACCCUCACUUUAAGAAAGACUUUUUUUUUUUUUAAAUAAGUUAUCAUGCUAUUUGCUUUAAUCUGAGUAUUUACUUUGUAUCUUUCCUAGAGGAGUGGUUCUAAAUACAGAUUUCAACCCAUUGUUUGCUCCUAAACUUAGGGAGCCAAGACCUCUAUUUUUUAAAUUAAAUAAAACAAUUAGAACUAAGUAGAAGACAUCACAUGUCAAAAUGUUGAAAUUUGGGUUUCAACUAUAGUGUGUAUAUGUGUAUUUAUAUAAAAAUCACUGCAAUACACACAAAAGGGGUACAUGGAAUAAAUGUAAAAUGUUUUUACUGCGGAUCAUUUUUAAAAACUUGAUCCCCCCCCCCCAGUAGGUUUAAAUUUGACAAUAUCCAGUGUCAGUGGGAGUGAGGCUAAAUGGCACUAUACCUUGGGCUGUAAACGGUUGGACCCUUCAGGAGAAGUAAGCUGUAAGUAUCAAAAUUUUAAACAUAUUUUCCUUAAAACUGUUACUCCACAUUAAGAAUCCCAAGGAGGUAAGUGCACUAUGAUGUCUGCACAUAACAUUCUCACAGUAUUUGUUACAACAGGGAAAGAUUGGAAGAAAUCUCUAUGUCCACUGAUGGAAAAUUGGUUAAAGUAGGGGGCUCCCACAAACUGAAACACUUAAGUUAUACUCAAUUUACAUAGGAAAAAUAUUUUACUAGAGUAAGUCAAAAACAUUAUAAUAUGAUGCGUAGUGUGUAAAAUAUAACCCAAGAAAAUCAAGUGAAUGUUUACCAAAAUAUUAAAUGUUUUUUGCCAAAUGAU